UUUCUUUUUCUUUUCUAAAAAUAUUUUAGAUUUAUUUUUAUACUUCUUUUAGAGAUCUUAUGAGAUUUUCAGAAAUUUAUGAGAAGUUACAGUUGUAUAAUGGGAUUUGGCCAGCAAAUAAGUUCUUAAGAAUAGUAUGACAAAUUCUGGGUAGAGUAAGGAAGUGUAAGAUUGGAACGAUCAUACCACAGAUGUCACCGGAAAGAGACGUCAUAUUGGCGACGCCGGGAGCGUUCCGGCUGCGGUGGGACGUGUUCCUGAGCUUCAGAGGCACCGACACGCGCGGCACUAUCACGAAAGGUCUGUACAAGAGUCUGCAGACGCGUGGGGUUCGCGUGUUCCUGGACGACGAGGGGUUGGAGCGUGGGGAAGCGGUAGCGAAUGGGCUGAUGAAGGGAAUUGAUGACUCUGCAGCGUUCAUCGUCAUCUUAUCUGAAAACUACGCUUCUUCACACUGGUGUCUUGAGGAACUCACCAAGAUUUGCGACACCGGUAGACUCCUCUUGCCCGUUUUCUACCGGGUUGACCCGUCGCAGGUCCGACACGUAUCGGGUCCCUUCGGAUCGGGUUUCGAAUCGCAUGAAAAAAGGUUUGAGAAAAAUACGGUUUCAAAAUGGAAGGAAGCGUUGAAGAAAGUUGGUGGAAUUGCUGGUUGGGUUUUUAAUCACAGUGAGGAAAAUGAUCUGAUUCAGCGUUUGGUACGAAGGGUGUUGAAAGAGUUGAGUAACACUCCUAUGGGCGUGCCUGAGUUUGCAGUGGGGCUUGACGAACGUGUUGAGAAGGUGAUGGAAGUUUUGCAAGUUCAAUCCAAUGGUGUCAAGGUUUUGGGGUUGUAUGGGAUGGGUGGGGUUGGUAAGACAACCCUGGCCAAGGCCCUUUUCAAUGCCCUUGUUAACCGUUUUGAGCACCGUUGCUUCAUUUCCGACGUGAGACAAGUUUCAUCAAAACACGAUGGUUUGGUUUCCCUUCAAAGCAAAAUCAUUAAAGACCUUUUUCCUGGAGCAGGGUCUCCCUCCAUCGGUGAUGUCAAUGUUGGUAUUUCUGCUAUCAAAGGUCGAGUUAGUGAGAAUCGAGUUUUACUAGUCUUGGAUGAUGUCGAUGAAGUGAAGCAGCUUGAUGCUUUGAUUGGUAAGAGGGAAUGGUUUUACGAUGGAAGCUGUGUGAUAAUCACAACACGGGAUACAGAAGUUCUAACUCAGAAUCAUGUAACUGUGUCGUAUGAAGUUAGAGAGUUGUAUGCUUCUGAAGCUCGAGAGUUAUUCAGUUAUCAUGCACUGAGAAGAAGUGCACCACCAGAAAAUCUUCUGAGUUUAUCAGAGGAGAUAAUAUCCCUGACGGGAAAAAUGCCUUUGGCUCUGGAAGUGUUUGGUUCGUUUUUGUUUGGUAAGAGGAGGGAGGAGGAAUGGGAGGAUGCUGUGAAGAAGCUAAGGCUAAUUCGCCCUCACCAUCUUCAGGAUGUGUUGAAGAUAAGUUACGAUUGUUUAGAUGAAGAAGAGAAGUGUAUAUUCCUUGAUAUUGCUUGUUUGUUUGUACAAAAGAAAAUGAAGCGUGAUGGUGUGAUUGAUGUGUUAAGAGGUUGUGGUUUCAGGGGUGAGAUUGCUAUCACAGUACUAGUGCAGAAGUGCUUGAUGAAAAUCACUCCGGAUAAUACUGUGUGGAUGCAUGAUCAAAUUAGAGACAUGGGAAGGCAAAUUGUUAUGGAUGAAAGCUUUGUGGAUCCUGGUUCGCGUAGUAGACUGUGGGAUCGAGCUCAAAUCAUGACUGUGUUGAAGGGUCACAAGGGAACUAGAUGCGUUCAAGGUAUUGUACUUGAUUUUGAGGAAGAAAGGUUUUAUAAGGGAAAGUUCGGAUCAGUUUUUCCGAAGAAGUUUCAAUGGAGACCAAGUUUAAGAAAUAUAUCAUGUUACAUCAAACAAUGCCUUAAGAAUCAUCCUGAACCUCAAGCAGAGGAAAACACAGAGUUUGUACUUCACACGAAAUCCUUUGAACCAAUGGUUAAUCUGAGACAACUUCAGAUCAACAAUCUGAAAUUACAGGGCAAGUUUCUUCCAUCUGAACUGAAGUGGUUACAAUGGCAAGGGUGCCCUUUAGAACGCAUGCCUUUGAAAUCUUGGCCAGGAGAGCUGGCUGUCCUUGAUCUCAAAAACAGCAAGAAAAUGGAAACUUUGUGGGGAUGGAAUGGUCACAACAAGGUGCCACAGAAGUUAAUGGUCUUGAACCUCUCCAACUGCAUCCAACUCACUGCUAUACCUGACUUAUCUGGGUGUCAAUGUCUAGAGAAGAUUGAUUUGGAGAACUGCAUUAAUCUAACUAAGAUUCAUGAAUCAAUUGGCUGUUUGAGUACCUUGCGUAGUUUAAAUUUAACGCGUUGUUCAAGCCUUAUCAACCUUCCCAUUGAUGUCUCGGGGCUAAAACAACUGGAGAGUCUUUUUCUUUCUGGCUGCUCCAAGUUAAAAUCGUUGCCAGAAAAUAUUGGAAUCCUGAAAUCCUUGAAAGCACUUCAUGCUAAUGACACUGCAAUAGCAGAGUUGCCCCAGUCCAUUUUUCGCCUCACGAAGCUUGAGCAGCUUGUUUUAGAACGUUGCCAAUAUUUGAGAAGGCUACCUAAUUCUCUAGGACACCUGUGUUCUUUGCAAGUAUUAUCUCUAUAUCACUCUGGGUUGGAAGAAUUACCUGAGUCUGUGGGAUCGUUAAAUAACCUGGAGACACUCAAUUUGAUGGGGUGUGAAUCUCUCACUGUUAUUCCUGAUUCUGUAGGGAAUCUCAUGUCAUUGACAGAACUUCUGGUUGAUAGAACUGCAAUUAAGGAACUCCCUACAACUGUUGGUUCUUUAUCUUACCUGAGGGAAUUAUCAGUUGGAAACUGUAAACUUCUCACCCAAUUGCCAAAUUCAGUUAAAACGUUGGCCUCAGUUGUGGAACUUCAGUUAGAUGGAACAGCCAUCACAAAUUUGCCAGAUGAGAUUGGAGAGAUGAAGCUACUGAGGGUACUUAAGUUGAUGAAUUGUAAAAAUCUUGAAUACUUACCGGAAUCUAUUGGCCACCUAGCAUCUCUUACUACAUUGAACACGGUCAAUGGUAAUAUCAAAGAAUUGCCAGAAUCCAUUGGGCAGCUGGAAAAUCUUGUCAACUUAAGAUUGAACAAAUGCAGAAUGCUCAGAAAGCUUCCAGCUUCUAUAGGAGAUUUGAAAUCUCUGUAUCACAUUUUCAUGGAGGAAACAACUGUGUCAAGCUUACCUGAAAGCUUUGGGAUGCUGUCAAGCUUGAGAACAUUGAAAAUGGCAAAGAGGCCUGAAUUAGAUACCAAUGAAAGUAGCUUCCUUGCAGAACCUGAAGAGAACCAUAGCCCUUUUGUACUAACAUCUUCCUUCUGCAAUCUGACCUUGCUAACUGAGCUUGAUGCCCGUGCAUGGAAAAUAUCUGGGAAAAUUCCUGAUGAAUUUGAGAAGUUGUCACUAUUGGAGACUUUGAAAUUAGACAGGAAUGAUUUUCACAGCCUGCCUUCCAGUUUGAAGGGCCUUUCUAUCCUCAAGGUCCUUUCACUGUCAAACUGCACUCAGCUGAGCUCUCUCCCCUCACUUCCUUCAAACCUGAUUAAGCUGAAUGUUCAAAACUGUUCUUCAUUAGAAACUAUCCAUGACAUGUCAAAUUUAGAGAGCCUGCAGGAGUUGAAUCUCACAAACUGUGUAAAAGUGGGGGAUAUUCCGGGUCUUGAAAGCUUGAAGUCCUUGAGAAGGUUGUACAUGAGUGGUUGCAUUGCAUGCUCCUCACAAAUACAAAAGAGACUUUCGAAGGUUGCACUGAGGAAUUUACAGAACUUAAGCAUGCCUGGAAGCAAAUUACCUGAAUGGUUUUCUGGGCAAACUGUGAGCUUUUCCAAGCGUAAAAAUCUUGAGCUAAAGAGUGUACUUGUUGGUGUUAUUAUUUCAAUCAACCACAGCAUUGACAUACCCAACAUGAAGAGAGAUGAUAUGCCAGGCUUGAUUGAUGUUGAAGCAAAUGUUCUCAAAGGGGGAAGAACUCUGUUUAAGACUGUGUUAAACAUCUGUGGGGUGCCUCGAACAGAUGAAGAACACAUGCACUUGUGUAGGUUCCAUGAUUACCAUCAGCUGGUAGCCUUUCUAAAAGAUGCUGAUAAAUUUUCUGUGAGCAAGAGAAAUCCACCUUUUGAUACGGGGUUGGAGUUAAGAAAAUGUGGGGUCUAUUUAAUCUUUGAAGGAGAUGAUGAUUAUGAUGGAGGGGAAGAAUCAUUGGACACAGGCCUACAAUCUGUCUCAGAAAAAUUGGCCAAUUUUUUCAGCACUCGUGAAGGUGGUGAUCAGGUGAGUGUCAAUGGAAUUGGACAUGCUGGAACAUGAGAAGCUUAUUUUCUUACUACACUUAAACGCAACUCCAUUAUUCUGAUUGGUCUACUCUUUUCUUUGUGAUAUGAGUUGGGUUUGGUGAGAAAAGAUUGAUACAUAGUUCCGCUGAGAUUAUGACUGCCUUUUAGUGGAAGAAUUGUUCUUGUUUGUACAUUUGCUUGAACAUCAAUGAAGCCAGGCAUGUAAUCUCUCUUGAUGUGGGGCAUGUCAUUGUUUGAUAAAAUAGAAAUUGUCCUUUUAAAAUUUCCAUUACUUUCGAGCAUUACUCCUCUUAAAUGUCAAAAUGAAUU